AUGAUGUGGAUCGAUCCUAAACUGAAGAUGCUGGCCAGCUCAGACUUAUCAUAUAAGCAAAAUGUUUCAGUGCUGCUCUUGGUGCUGGUGCUGCUCUCCCACGAAGUUCGCUGCGACACUAAGACCGUGUCCAGCGAAUGCUGCAGACAGCCAACGCGCACGUGCCGUCUGCACCUGCUUCUGUGUCGCCCGGGCGGGGUGGCCGACGGCUUGGCCGACGCCUCCGCCGGCAUUCUGACCUUGGGCAAACGCACGGAAGACGAGGGCGCCUUCAACAACCGUCUCCAGCGGCUUCUCCAUGGGUCGCGGAACCACGCCACAGGCAUCCUCACCAUGGGCAGGAGGGCCCAGGCUCCAUGGGGCCCACCAUCGGACGGCACGCCCUCACCUGUUUGA